AUGGCAAGCUCAAGCAGAGCUGCAUUCAGGACUAUAGCUCCGAUAUCUCGUCGUUGGUAUGCAAGCACAAUUCCCAUCGCGCCGCCCAAACCUCCCAAACCUCCGGCUCCUCCUGCAGACCCCAAUCGAAUUUACACCUCCCGCAAGGCGGCACUUUACUCUGAAUACUCGAGCACAAUACAAGGCUCUCCAUUUUUCGUAAUUCUCGGCCAUCAGAACUUCAGUGUUGCCAAAUUUACGGCCCUACGCAAGGACCUCGCCAAAAUCAAACCAAGCAAAGGAGCGCCGGCAGACCAACGUCCAGCCAAACUAUCCGUGAUUCGACAUGCCAUCUUUGGUGCCGCUGUCAAAGCGGCCCAACCACAAGCCGCGCCACUGAUUUCCAACGUGCAAGGCCCAGCUGCUAUCCUUGCAUUCCCGAGCCUCGAUCCGCCUCAUCUCAAAUCCGUGCUACGAGUAAUCGAAAGAGCGGUCCCUAAGCCUAGAGCGGGUGACCCAGCAGGCGAAGUAAAGCCCACGAUCCACGUUAUUGGGGCGUAUGCCGAGGGGCGUGUGUUCCAGGCUGCGGGAAUCCAGGCGCUGUCUGCUCUACCCACGUUAGAUACCCUUCGUGCUCAAUUAGUAGGGCUGUUGAGUGCUCCAGCUGCUCAAAUUGCUGGGGUUCUGGAUCAAGCUAGGGGUGGGAGUCUGUCAAGAACAUUGGAGGGUCUGAAGGCGAGUCUAGAGGAGAAUCAAAAAGAAGGAUAA